AGAAUACAUUUUUUACCCUUUUUAAAAUUAGAUAUCGAUGAAUGCAGCAACGGUAGCCAUGAUUGCCACCAAAAUGCAACUUGCAUAAAUACCCCUGGACAGUUUAAUUGCAGCUGUCAGCCAGGAUUCACGGGAGAUGGUCACCAGUGUUAUGGUAUGACUCACUUCUAGAAGGAAGUACAAUUAAAUUUGGAAUCGGUGAUAAAUCGUAAAACCGGCGGCCAGCGCGAUUAAUGCAAACAAAGCCAAUGAGCCACAAUCGCCAUAAACAUAUGUCUUGUAUUUAUACUCAGCUGGAAAGAAAUUCGUAUAAGGCCACAAGUUACACUGUCAUGAUAACAGUAAUAUUUUACUUUUUUAUAUUGGAUCGGGAAUCUAAUUCUUUAAUCUUUGUGAUUUUUUGUCCCAUCUCAAAUAAAUGUCUCGUAGCAAUAGCAGCCUUGCUUGCCACCAGCAAGGAAUUUGUGUUAAUAUUGCUAGGUACCUGUCUCCCGGAAAGGCCGUCUGUGACGUUUCGUAAUUUGCUUCUUCAUAAGUAAGAAAAUAAACUUUACUUGAACUUCGAACAACUGCUUUUGCUUUAUGGUGUGAAAACAGAAUAUAUACGACAGAAUGGAUCGAAUUUUGAAAUUUCGACUAAAGAAGAGAUAAAAUUCUAGUUUAUGUUAUAGAAAGUAAAAAGAAACAAUCGCAUCUUCCUGAGAAACGUUCUACUAAGCCCUUCUUCCUCAAAUAUCUUGGAAUUACCGCGCCACUCCUUUCAAGCCAUAACACAAACAGUUACUGACAAGAAUCGGAUACGUAGUUCCUGAGGACUCGCAGCAGCUAACCACAAAAUUCAAAAUUUACGCAGAUCAUUUCUUCCAUCAGGAUUUUUUCGAUUUACUCGGGUUUUAAGUAAAAUGGAUAUACAUUUAAUUAAUUGAUUAAUAAAUGGCGGACCCAAGAUGGCGGAUGGUUCCAGAUCUUUGUUUACAAUAAAUGACGUCAUCGUGAUUUCACUGAAAGCAGAAUAAAAAUUGUGCAGCCAACUUUUUUUUUGUCAGUUACCUUUCAAUUUAAGUAUUUUUCGCUUUGAGGAGAAAAAAUGGUAGAAUUUGACCUCUGCCAAAAAAACUUAACAAUAUGGCGUCAUAAUGACGUCAGAUUACGUCACCGUGUCAAUCAAAUUAUGCCUCCAUGUUGAAAAUGGUGGGUACAUUACCACAGGCUCCUGGUACAUUAUUCUGUGUAAUUUUUAGUUGCCUAUCACGAACGCAUUUGAAGUUAUAGAGGGAGGCCUCCGAAGGCCCCCUCGGUCGCAGGAAGCAAAAAAUAAGUAAAUAAAUAAAUAAAGCCCGCAGUUAAGCCCUUCAACGCAAUUAUUUUGGAAACGAUGCACCUCUCCUCCUAGAAAAUAUAGCAGCCGAGCCAUUCUUGGAUGCUUUUCUAGUCAAUUUAGAAGACCUGAAUGCCAAUAUUACUUGGAGACCACGUUCCCUGAUUACGCUUGCAUUUAAGCCUCACCGCUGUUAACUAACUCGUGGUCAGCCUGUGUAAUUGUACUUUCUAGGAUCGUAUCAUGCCUUUGAGGUGAUCGUUGACCCCGGGAAAAAAAGGCGCAACUUUUAAUAAGAGAAUUCAUUUGUUUUGUUUAACUUAGAAAUAAUAUGCAACUUUGAUGUUUCAUUGUGCGGUUUCGUGCAAGGCAAAGAUGACAUUUUUAACUGGACUCGACACAAAGGAAGCACGCCUUCUGAUGAAACAGGACCCUCCUUUGAUCACACCACAGGAAACAUGACAGGUAAGCUCUAAACCAAUUCAUCAGUACAUCUAACUAGCCGUGCUAUUAGCAACGAGAAUUGUAACGUUUAACAAAUUAAGAAGUCAGUUGGUCGGCAUUUCUACUUCAUUUUUUGCUUGAAAAUAUCGCUAGUUUUAGUCUUAAUUGCAAAUUUAAUUACAUGUCACUCUUUUCUACUCUUUUUUUGUUGUUGCUGUUGUUUUCUUAGAUUAAACUGCUCGUUUUUGUUUCUUUUUUUUUGUUGCUUGUACGUUGAACAGGUGUAUUAAAUAUAGGCGAGAGUAUCUAAUUUCGACUGCGUCUUCGGAUCGGUGCAACUACAACGUUGCAGUUACUCUUUACAUCCGUUGGCUUUGUUGUCAUUUGCCCUCUUAUUCUACCAUGAAUAUAAUACGUCUGUCUUUAAAAAAAAUAAUAAAACGAAUAAAAAGAAACUUGGGAACUUACUUAUAGGAUCAUUCUACGUCAUUUAAGCUGAACUAACGUUGUUGGAAUACUGUAAUUUUAAGUCAACUGGACACUUUUUCAGUGCCUUCUGGUCAAUUUGUUUUGCCUGUUGCUUUCCUUACAGUUUUUCCUCUUUGUAGGUUAUUACAUGUGCAUUUUUUAGAAAUAUUUAGUCCACAGGAGAGCUAGACGAUAUGAAAAAAUCGGGCCGUCCUCUACCGAAAAAGACUAAGUUGCUACACUCUAACCAUCUUCAUCCCUAUAAGGUUAUUACAUGUAUAUAGAAGCAUCCAGUCCAAGACAACCAGGUGAUAACGCAAAAUUGUACAGUCCUCCACUGAAAUUCUUUGGGAAUAUGUGCCUUCAGUUCUAUUACCAUAUGUCUGGUGCAACUACUGAAAGCCUGAAAGUCAACGUAAGUGGGAACUUAGUGUUCUUUGCACGUGGUGAUAAAGGAGGCAUGUGGCGUAAAGCCUGCGUAAAUGUAUCAGCUAUCGAGGGAUUGCAUAGGGUAAGCCAUGCGUUAUUUUUGUGUCUCUUCUAACGACAACAAUAACAACAACAGAAUCUUUAUUUUUAUCAACUCAUUGCUUAACAAUGAAUUAGGAUAAUGAAAAUAUUGAAAGUAAAAUUAGAAUUUAAACUUUAAUGACCCCAUCAAUGGUGGUAAAACGCUGUUCUCUGAGAGCGGUAAUUGGGGAAGCCAACCGGGUUGGGAGCCAUAAGCCACCAAUAGCUCACUUUUUUUGUUAAUUUAAUUGCCAUACAGCAGCGGGUCCGGGAAUUUUUUAAUAAAGGGUUCCGAACUUGUGCUCACCGUUGAAAGUAUGUUACAAAUGUUUACAACUGACAGUUUACACCAAUCCUGGCCAUCAUUCGCUGUUAUUUAGUUAAAUUUUUACAAACUACGUAGAUUCCUAUCUGCGAUCCUUAAGUGGUAGUAAUUUCAGUUUUACUGAAAGCACCUUCAAUAACAAGACUUUUCUGAUCUGAAGGGUGCGCAGGUCCACCAUCCAUGUAGAAGACGUCUUUCGGUUCUCGGGUCUAUGUUCUGCGAAUCUUACUUUAGCCAUAAGUUUCUGUACUUCGGUCUGUAAUGAAAAACUAAAAAAGUCGACAAGACUGCAUCCGUUUUAAUACUUCAUCUUUAUCAUUAAUUAUGAAUUAAGCACACAUGAAAUAUAAGUGAUGUACCAUUUGGUAACAUUAUUUAGUCAUAGCAAGAUUAUUCUUUCUUACUCAUAGUGGUGCAAGUAAGUACGUAAAUGUAGUGCAAAAUAUGAUGCGCUUGGUGUUUCCAAGAGGAUCUGUUUUGCUAUUAGCCGACAUUUCCUUAUUUCUGUUGUUAAGUUUGUAGUUUUUUGACAAAUUCGAAGAUAAUUUUUCAUUAAUUUCAAGACAUUAAUAACAACAGCGACUCUUCCGGACUGAUUGCACAUUUGACAGGUAACAUUUGAAGGCGUAGUGGGAAGCAGUUACACUGGUGACAUAGCAAUUGACGACUUCUCCUUGACAGCAGGGUCAUGUCCUUGUGGUAAGUUUUUUGACUAAAGGGUGCACUGUCACCUAUUUUGAAAUUUUAAAAGAAGACGUCUUUGCAAAUUUUGAGUGCGUGAAGGGAGGCCGGGGCACUUGAUUAUCAAAUAGACGAGAUGUUACAGGGCUCUGUUUUCUUUUAUUCUCCCCGCCGGUGACGCAUCUUUUCAGUUGUUGCUUCACCUACCUCGACUGCAACUAUGAGCGAACUUAAAAGCUGUUUUUAUAUACACAGUCCGUAGUCCGUGUUUUAUACUCAGUCCGUAGUUUCUAUUCUGCAUCUUAUACCUAGUCCGUGUUUUAUAAGCAGUCCACAGUCCGUGGUCCGCAGUCUGCAGUCCGUGUUUUAUACUGACCGGUUCGAUUAGGUUCGAUUGAGUUCGAUAAAGUUCGAUUACCGAGCAGUUUGAGCGUUCCACUCGAUUUCAGACUCGAAAACACUUUUGCCUUGUAUUUAUAUCAUCAAUACUACUAUCCAUCCUUAUAACUAAAUUGCAGUUAGAAUGAGGAAAUAGUUUAUUUUACUGCCAUUCUCAGCAUUUCAUCUUUGAACGACCGUUACCGGCUAAAAUAUGCAAAUUUUCGACACUGUUAUUCAGGUUUUUUAACGAUCGUUAACAGCUACUACGGGCCGUUAAAACCUAGACCAUUUGCACUCAUUUGGAAGUAUAUUGUUUCUUCUUACUGUUUCAAUCCGAUUUAGUCGUAUCUCUCUGUAAUCAGCAAAAACAGGUUAUCUUUAUUCUCGUAAUUCAAUUAAGUAAGCAAACUGCAACCCCCGGGGGGGGAGGGAGACUCCGCAUAUGGAAGGGGUGGGGAUGCUCGUCGGAAAUUUGGAAUUAAACCCAUAAAGGAGACCGAUCUGGGCGGGGCCCAAGCUUUUUUUGACCCCUAAAAGAGACCAUGUUAAAACACAGACAACAUAUAUCUGUCUGAUUUCGUUAAAACGUGGUCACUGGGUUUUCGCCUGGCGCCGGGCGAAGCCCGGCUCCAGGCCAGCCCGGUGCCCAAAAAUGUUGGGGGCUUGACGUCUUGGUCGGUACAGGUGGAUAGCCCACGGACUGCCCUAACAGUGGGCGGGUGGAUCCGGCCUUGGGGUCAAAACUAGUGGGGUAGGGAGGGGGCUGUUUUGACACAACCCCUUCAGUAAACAGCAGUGUUCAGUGCAGGCUUUGACUGGCGAGUACCUUGGUCUUAGUUUACCCAAGCCAGCUGAAUCAGGCCUCUGCUGAGAAUGAUUAUCAUGAUAAUUGCGGUGCUCAGUGGGAGGUGUAGACGGUCACCCAUUGUCCUGGGUGGAGAGGGUCAAAGUCUUGGUACCAAGGACGCUCUUAGCAUAGGAGCUUUAGACACUCACUUUAGGCUUUGAUUUAUUCACGAAUCACACCAUCUUUUUGCUCUAAAUCGCGUCGUUCAUGUUCUAAAUUGCGUCUUUUUUGUUUUUUAUCGCACCAUUUUUGCUUUUAUAUUGCAUCAUUUCUCUUUCGGGUACAAAAAGAGAUGUAAAAGCCUUCUCGUCCCGCUUUCAACAAACCGGCUACAAGGUCAAAUAAAUAUUGGUACUGACUGAAUUCUGCGAUUUCAAAAUGGCUGUAAUAAAGUGGUAACUGAACUUCGUGUCGUGCAAUUUUGGUCUGAAAUCACAAUUGUGACUUCAAAUCGAACUCGCGCUGCGCGCUUGUCCGAUUUUAAAAUCACGCGUAUGAUUUCAGACCAAAUUGCACGACUCGAAGUUCAAUAACCAUUCUUUAUUUUGUCUCGAUGAUAUCCGUAUAUUCAAUGAAUCAAAAUCUUGGACAUCUGUGAACGUAAACUUCUUCCAUUGUAAAUGCUUAUCAACAAAAUCAUCAAUCCAGCCCAAUUGUUUAUUUGCCUUUGCCUAUUUGACCAUCCUAACAAAACCUUGGAAUCUAUAAAAAUCGUUCUGCUACAUCCAUUACCCUGCAUACACACCAAUCAGUAGCUCUCAUAUUUGAUCCCCCCCCCCCCCACCCACCCACCCACCAAAAAAUAAUAAUAAUAAAAAAAUUAUAAAAAUUAAAAAAAAACAAGCAAAAAUUCCAUGACAAUUCAGUUAUUUAAUCAUUUCUGAUGCUGCCCGGUAAGACGAUAGUCGUUGUGAAGUCUCUAUUUUCUCAUUUUAAGACAAUUAUAACGACUGGAAUUGUCGGCGUCUUUCAGUGUCGCGGAAUAUUCCUGAUUCAAUUCCAAUAUCUCUUGACAAUUGAUACCUUUUCUAAUUCUUUGACUGAAGUGUUUAUCUUUAAGACAAUGGUGAUAUCAUUAAGGAGGCAUUGAUUCCCUUUGUAAAGGCAAUGUUACAUGGGACUAUUCGCAACGACGAUUUUUAGCGCAACACAGCGUUGCAGCAUUUCUGAUCUUGCAACAUUGUCGCCAUAAAAAUUGUCGUUGCAAAUCUUCUCGAGUAACAUCGCUUUAAAAAGUCCUUGAUCACAAUCAGUCUGGUCUGUUGUGUCGAGGGAUGAUCUCAGCGAGAAGAAACUGUAACCUCUACAGCCUUGAUUUCACGCAUAUGCUAACUCCUCGCAAACAGCCACCGGCCAUUAAGUUUCGUCUGCCACAAUGAAGCCCUCACUUCAGUUCUGAUUAUCACCCUAACUGAUUAUCAACUGAUGGGUUUUGAUAUUACUUUUUAAUUAUUUUAAAUAUAAUUUAGACCGCAAAUAUUAGUGUAGGUCAUCAUACGACUUCAAGUUCAAUUUGGAAUUUAUUUGCAUGAACGUCUUUUUUCAAAAAGUAUCAAAACUCAGUGCAUGAGCCCAUAGGACGAAUACAAUUUAAACGCACGAAUGCAAAUAAAUUCCAAAUUGAAUGAGAAAAGUUGCAUGAUCACUUUUUAAUAAUAAACAUAAAAAAAUUACUUGCCUGGCUUUGUUUGAAAGCUUUGGAUACCAGUAGCUGGCAGCACUUGAUUGGUUCUUAUAUAUUUUUAUUGUCUAUUAGCCAAUCACAGUUUUCCAUUCUCUAAGAAAUUUGCAUUAUGUUUCCUUCUUUUUGUAUUAUUUUUCCUCGUUUUUUGCACUGUGUUUUCAGUUUACUAAAACAUGUACUGCUCUCAGCCAAUCAGAUUCAAGAAAUGUUUUCAUGUAUAUUAUUAAAUACAAUAAAUUGUCAUUAUCAGCUUCUUGGUCGUUUACAACGAAUGGACAAGGGCGUUCCGGCAGCAUUCAGACUUUCACAGUGCCAAAAACCACUCGCUAUCGAAUCAGAGCCUGGGGAGCACGAGGAGGAACGCACUCCACAAACUACGGAAGUUAUCCCGGAACUUACUACGGUGGAAAAGGUGCAUACAAAGAGGGCACGUUUACCUUGAAUAAAGGAACUGUACUGAAUAUUGUGGUGGGACAAAGAGGAGGAGAUUCAGUGGAAGUAAAAGGAGGACAGUCCACUACCUUGACAGCAGCUCAGCUGGGACUGUCCGUAGAGGACAAUGCUGGUACCGGGGGAGGCGGAGGGAGCUUUAUUUAUACAACAAGUAACGUGCUUUUGUUAGCUGCCGGAGGAGGAGGGGGUGCAUCCAGCGGGUAUAUCGGGGAGGAUGGUCAGGCGGGUACUAGCGGCACCAGUAGCGUUGGAAGGAUUUUAGGUUAUGUUCGUACCGGAGGAACUGGAGGGAAUCCUGGUCAGUGUAACACUGCAGGCGCUAGUUGGCAUGGGGGAAUGGGUGCGGGAUGGUUAGGCCAAGGUUGUUCCAGGGCCGGGUCCGAGCAUGGUGAGAGGGGUGGAUCGCGUGCUCAGGGCUGGGUUGGUGGUCGUGCUGGAAGAAUGAAUAGUGGCUACAACGGGGGGCCUCCGCCUGGGGCCGUAGGAGGGUUUGGCGGUGGCGGAGGGGGAGCCGAGGAUAAUGGUGCAUCAGGAGGAGGUGGUGGAUACUCUGGGGGAGGUAGCGGCACACACCCAAACCAAGCAGGAGGGGGAGGGGGCUCUUACUGUAGUGGCUCGAAUUGUUCAGGCGUGAGUGGAGGUAACUCAAAUGACAACGGACUUGUAAAAAUCGUGAAAUUAUCUGUCUAA